AUCACACUCCGCCGGAGAAGCUUGUGCGUGUGCUGCCGGCGUGGUGGCGGUGCCUGUGAGCCCAGCGCCUUGCCCCGCUCCUCCUCCUCCUCCUUCUCCUCCUCCUCCCAGCCCGAGCAGCUCCUAUCCUUCCCCGACCGGCGCCAAAUGGCUACCCAGUACUAACCCCACGGGGCGGGGGCUGCAGCACCGCCUCCUGCCGCCGUAGCCGCUGGCGGGCGCUGGAACCUGGAGCGGCCGCGGCGGCAGAAGCCGGGCUGGAAGCCGAGCCCGCAGCAGUGACGCGCCGCCUGGGAGCUGGAGCCCGCGCCGCGCCCCGCAGGACGAUGGACCGCAGAGCCCCGUGCGCUCAGGACGUCGCGGCGGCGUCCACGCCGCUCGGCCCCGCCGCAAGGAGAAAGCCAAAAGCCAAGGCGCCACUUCCUCCAGCCGAGACCAAAAAUAUUGAUGUCUCAUUGGUUGAUUCUGUAGAAUCCUCAGCUUUCAUCAUGGAAAAGAAAGAAAACAUGAUAGAUAAAGACAUUGAAAUCUCCGUAGUUCUACCUGGGGAUGUUAUUAAAUCGACAACUGUUCAUGGCAGUAAACCUAUGAUGGAUUUGUUGAUAUUCCUCUGUGCGCAAUAUCAUUUAAAUCCAUCAAGUUACACAAUUGAUCUUCUGUCAACUGAAAAUAAUCCCAUUAAAUUUAAGCCAAACACACCAAUAGGAAUGUUGGAAGUGGAGAAAGUAAUUUUAAAGCCAAAAAUUUUGGAUAAGAAAAAGCCUAUACCUAUAAUACCAGAGAAAACUGUGAGAGUAGUAAUCAACUUUAAGAAAACACAGAAGACAAUUGUGAGAGUUAAUCCACAUGCAUCACUUCAAGAACUUGUACCCACUAUAAGUAGUAAAUGUGAGUUUGAUCCAUUACACACAAUGUUGUUGAAGGAUUAUCAAUCUCAGGAACCCCUCGAUAUAACAAAAUCCCUUAAUGACCUGGGGCUAAGGGAAUUAUAUGUCAUGGAUGUUGGGAGAGCCACUUCUGUUAUUGCCUUCAAUAAGUCAUCUUUACAAGAGCCCUGCCAGACAUCACAAAACCUAGACAUUAUAAAAGAGAAAGAAAAUAAAGGGUUUUUCAGUCUUUUUCAACGCAGUAAGAAAAAGCGAGAACAAACUGCAAGUGCCCCUGCCACGCCUCUAGUAAGUAAGCAUCGCCCAACAUUUACAAGGUCCAAUACCAUUUCCAAACCAUAUACUUCAAACACUCUGCCAUCAGAUGCACCCAAGAAGAGACGAGCUCCACUGCCUCCAAUGUCGGGGUCUCAGAGUGCUCCCCAGGACCUUGCUCACAUCCAGGAGAGAACAACUUCCUGUGAAAAAUCCAUGAGUAUGGAUGACACAUAUAAAAGUCCCUGUGAAACAGAGUCAUUGAAGCUUAGCAGCACCUCCAUUGGGAAUUCAUCUUUGAAAAGGACAAAACGAAAGGCACCUUCCCCACCCUCCAAAAUACCCCUGCAUCGAAGUGAUGAAAAUAGUCAUGUGACUGACAGUGCUUCAGAGGCAAGUUCUCCUGUAGGACUCUCCAGCUCAGAAGCCUCCUUUGGCCCUGGGUUCCCCAGUUAUGAACAGUGCACUGUGCCCAAACUGGCUGAUGAAUCCCCUCUCUCCGACUGCCCUGGAACACCUGAGGCAGCUGUAAUCUCUCUGACAUCUGGAAUAAGCUCUGAUUAUAGCCUUGAAGAAAUAGAUGAAAAGGAAGAACUGAGUGAAGUGCCUAAAGCUGAGGCUGAAAAUAUUUCUCUGCAGUCACACGUUAAUCCUUUUGGAUCACCUGAUACAAUAAAUGCAUUGAAAAAUGAUACUGACUCAGCCCUUGGCAAUAAUACUGGAGAGUCCUCACAGAACUCUAAAGAAGAAAAACAAGAAACUAGAAAUACAGAUGGACAAGGACCACAUCUUAUGCUACAUAAUACAGACACUGAAAAGAAGGUAGUUGACAAAGUAAAAAGUGUGAAGUCAUCAGGCCCUAACCAAGAAAACGUAGAUCAAACUGAAAUAACUGUCAUUCCAGUAAACACAGAUGAUAUGAAAAAUGGAGUGAGGAGAACAGAAAUCAGUGUAGGAGGUGUUGCCAAGAAUAACCAAGUGGACAUGGAAGUUGACAGACUAUCAGACUAUGAGGCACAUACUGUCAGAAGUUACAAGGAGAAUCAUCUAGCUACUUCCUCAGUACCACAUCAAAAAGUAAAUCAAUCCAAUGCAGAAAAAGCAAAAAUUUUACAAGAUGUAUCAAUUCAGACCACACCUCCCUGCAACAGUUUUGAUGGGAAUCACCAAGAUCAUAAUUUGUCUGGUUUAAAAGUUGAUGGAAGUGUACAAGUCUCAAGUAACAACAAAUUACCUCAGCCCAUAUCCUUAAGUCCACAAUGUUCUGUAGAUACCUCAAGCGAGCUCAGAAAUCAGGGGUCCUUAACUGAAUAUUCAGAAGGCCAGUGCAUCAUAAAAGAUCCAGUUUGUGCCCAUAGCACUGAUGUUUUGUCUCCAUUAGAUGGGACUGAUAGAAAUUCAACUGAUUCUUAUUUAACAAAUCCCCCAUUUUACCGACAGGACUACAAUCCCAAACCAAAACCUUCAAAUGAAAUUACAAGAGAGUAUAUACCCAAAAUUGGGAUGACAACUUACAAAAUAGUGCCUCCCAAAUCCUUAGAAAUAUCAAAAGAUUGUGAAGCUGAAAGUAUACGAUGUAAAUAUGAUCAGGAGAUACAUACUUUGGGGAAAAAACAUACUCCUGGGAAUAUGAAAGAAACAUCCAUGCAAACAGAAGAUCUUGUUAUUUCAGAUAGUCCAAAGGAGCCUCAGGAAGAUCUUAAAUUGAGGCCAAUCCAGACAAUAGAGCAUCAAGUACCAGGUAUAGAGAGCUCACCUCAUGGUGCCAUGGUGCAUACUAAGAAACCUAUUCCCAGGAUGAUGAGAGACAAUGGCACAGCUCCCUUUGCACCAAAAUUAGAAGAGAUAAACAGUAUUUUAGAAUCAAAAAUGAAAGCCCGGGUUUCAAAUCCCCAGGCUAAACCAAGCUCUUUUUUCCUGCAGAUGCAAAAAAGAGCAUCUGGCCAGUAUGUGACAUCUGCAGCUGCCAAGAGUGUUCACACUCUUCCGUCUUCCCCUAUUCCCUCUCCAAAGGAACUAACCAAGGCAGAGCUGGGAAGGGAUACUCUGCCUUCUCCAGAGCAAUCUCUUCCUCCCUCAUGUAAGACAACUCAGUCUUCUCCACAGCCCCACAUUAAAAACACUACGGGAAACAUCAGCAAUCAGAAGUCUACUGAAACCUCUCCUCCUCCCAUUGCUCCAAAACCUAUUGCUCUUCCCUCAAGUCAGAUAACAGCACUAAAUUUGAAGACUCUGAAAACUUUCGGUGCACCACGACCUUAUUCAAGCUCCUCUCCUUCCCCAUUCGCCCUUGCUGUGGUGAAGCGAUCACAGUCUUUCAGUAAAGGAUCUUCAGGGUCCUGCAGUGACAGUGCAUCAGCCCAGCUGCCUUCUGCCACAGAUCAAGGGAAGACACCCUCUGUAAAUAAACAUGUGGACCUCUCACAACUUGAUGAAAAUAAUGCUGCACAUAAUGAACAGAACUCUCAAAAAAUAUCUUCAGCUGACUGCCCACCACUCACCCUUCAGAGACAAAGUUCUUUAACAUUCCAAAGCUCUGACCCAGAACAGAUCCGGCAGAGUUUGCUGACUGCAAUCCGUUCUGGAGAGGCUGCUGCCAAAUUGAAAAGGGUUACUGUCCCCUCAAAUACAGUAUCUGUGAAUGGAAAGUCAAGACUAAACCACACCAUAACCCCUGAUACCCAAGAGGACCCUUAAAUACUGUCUUUCCAUGCUGUAUUUCAUCACCUCUACUUCAAGAAAUAACUUCAUACUAGUGGAGAAUGUUGGCAAAUGUAUUUUCAGAUGUACACUAAUAUAUUUUCUGUUAAAGUGUAAGAAUUAAUGUUAUGGCUUUUAAUGCCAAGUGAAGAAUUAUCAGAAUUUAUAAUUUAUAAUGACAUUUUUUGCAUUAAGAGCUAAAUGUGCUGCUUUAUAAUUUUAAAAAGAUAAUGACUUUCAUUUCUGUAAAUGAGAAAUAGUUACCUUUUGUUUAUUUCACUUACUGACAGAUUUUCUAUAAUCAUGACUGAAACAAAAGAACAAAUUGAUUGCGAUUCAUAGACAUAUUUGUAUGACACAAAAAAUAGGCAAACAUAGACCUGACAUUUUCUGUCUCAAGGUUAGUUUAGUUGGAGAUGUUUCUAAGUUAUAGUAAAGACUCCUUUGUGCUAAAAUUAUGAUCUAGAAAAUUAUAAUAAAUAAGUAUAUUCAUUUCAAUAGUUAAUUUCUAUGAUGAAUCAUUUAUUAUGCAAAUUGUAUACAUUCUUUAUAUAAUUUCAAAGUUAAUGUCAAAUUUAUGAGAUGUUCAUAGUAUUUUAAGAGUUUAUUAACACUGAACACGAUUUUUUUAAUCGUUAGAACUUAAGUUGCACUAGGAGAAUUUUAAAUAUUUUCUGUAUAUAACUAAGGCAUUGUUCUCACAUAGAUAUUACACAUUUUAUAUGUCAGAAGCCUUAAAAACCUUCCUGUAAAAAUGUUGAUAUACUGUGACAAUUAUUUCACAUUGGAUAAGUAGAGAGAAAUAGAGAUUAGUUUAUGUCCAUAAAUGAAAAACUUUAAAGACUACUUGGAGAGUACAGAAAUAAUGGCUUGAAUUAAAGUAAAAUAAUAAAGACACUAUAUAAUCAAAUGCUAAUAUUCUAAAUGAUAAUAUAUACUUAUAUUAAAGCUAAAACUUGAGCAAAACAUUGCCUUUUUUUUAAACUUAUAUCUGUGCUGGGCUUAGAAUAGUUCAUGUUCUAUUUCUACUUUAAGAAUUUUAAUACUCACAUAUUCUAAAAGCUUUAUCAAACCAGAUGAUGUUAAGUAGAUUUUCACUAAAACUGCUGGUAUGCCUAAGUCUUUGGAAAAUAUGUUAAUUUCCCUCAUGUUUAAUAAAUGCAAGUUAUAUAUUUGG